AUGGCUCAGGGUCUGGAGGCGCAAUUCUGUAAUGAGGUCAAUAUAGCACUCCGCAACCGCGACGCGAAUAAGCUGCACUCUAUCCUGGUCCUGGAGCCGCCCUUUCAGCCAAUCUAUGUGCAACUCAUCGCGUCACUUCGAGAGCACUUCCCAGCGGAGGCCGAGCAAUCAGAGGAAAGACUGCAACAUCUUGUACGAAGCACUGUGACGGAGACAGGCGACAGCGAAGAUGAAGAAGGCCGGCCCGUGCAGAGCUGGGGUCCGAUGGUGUUGUUUCUGGCUGGGUGGAUGGCUUUCAUCCGCGACCUAAAUAUCGAGAACCUGUUGACCACGUACGAGGGGCUGAGCGAGCUCCAACAGAAAGCUAACGGAGCCCUCCAACAUCCCACGAAAGGAAUACUCGUCCUACCAACUCUCAUCGGCUACGCCAAGGUCUUUGCGCGCGUAGCAAUAGGCUUGGACAGGCGCCCCGAACUCAUCCAGCAUCUAACGGCUGCCACAGUCACCGACGAAGGUCGGCGCGAAUCCCUUCCUGAGAAGGCUGCCAAUGUCGUCAGGAAUGGCUUUAUCACGUGUCUCAACGACAGAAACACCGCGCCCGGCGGUAUCAAGGAUGGGAAACCCGAUGGCAAAAAGGUUGGCGUCUACAAGAUGGCUAAUGUGUGCCUGAAGAUACUCUUCCAAGCGGACAAGCUCGAGAGCUGCAUGACCAUUUUCCACAAUAUCAUGAGCUACUCGCCACCUAUCCACUACUACCCGGCUUCCGAACGCGUCACGUAUCUGUACUAUUUGGGUCGAUUCUAUUUCACUUCAACAGACUAUUUCAAGGCUCAGCUUUGUCUACAGAAAGCCUACGACGACUGCGCAGUCGGUGCGAGUUGCGUGAAGCAACGUCGAAUCAUACUCAUAUAUCUCGUUACUGCGAACCUGAUGUUGGGCCGGUUUCCUACCCAGGAGAUAUACUCGCGGCCGGAAGCCAACGGACUGAAACGCAUCUUCUUCCCGAUUACGGAGGCUAUCCGGAAAGGCGAUCUGGAAUCCUUCCGUCGGAUAACAAAUCUCGAUCUAUCACACCCAAGCGCCGCUUGGCUGUCCGAUUACCGACUCUUCUAUCAAAUCGGAAACUACUGCGAGGUCCUCGUAUGGCGCUCACUUUUCCGCAGAGUCUUCCUUCUCACUGGCCAGCAAGGCACAUCGGAGAAAUCAGCUCCAACGCUGGAUUUGAAUGACGUUCUCGCUGCGUUCCUCUACUUCGAGAAACGCUCAUACAUGACCCCAGCAAUGGCGAAAGCAGAUAGCGGUCCUGGCCGACGCCACAUAACCUUUGUGUUGCAGGACUUCACACCAAGAGCGAGUUAUGUCGACCCAGAUUUCGACGGCACCGACCUACAGCCAACCCUCCUUCUGCCAGACAUCGAUGAGAUUGAGUGCAUUUGUGGGUCUCUUAUUAGCCAAGGAUUCUUGAACGGAUAUAUAAGUCACAAGUCGAAGAGGUUCGCGAUUCAAGGCACAAGAAGAGCUGGGAGUGCAUUGAAAGCCGGCUUUCCGAAUGUGUGGGAGGUCGUGAAGCAAAAGAACCUAGAGAAUAAUAAGGAUAAGGUGCUCGGGUGGGUGACGGAGGCACAGAGCCAGAGUGGGGGACAGGUCGUUCGGCUUGCUGGCGCGAGACCUGCAGGGUCGUAA